AUGGGGUACAAGAUCGUCAAAGAACAGCCUGAAAACCCAUUUUCGAAGCUCGUGAGUGGCCAAACAAUUGUGGAGAUCCCAGAGUUCGAGCUCGAAUCCGGUGACGUGCUGUACAAAGUGCCGGUGGCGUACAAGACAUGGGGAAAGCUCAACGACAAAGGAGACAACUGCAUGCUCAUAGCACACGCCCUGACUGGCUCUGCGGACGUGAAGGACUGGUGGGGACCAUUGAUAGGACGCGACCGUGCGUUCGACCCUACCAAGUAUUUUAUCAUCUGUCUGAACUCGCUAGGGUCUCCGUAUGGAUCUGCCUCGCCUGUGACUAUGGAUCCCGAGUAUAACCAGCUUUACGGCCCGGAAUUUCCGAUCUGCACCGUGCGUGAUGAUGUGCGUAUUCAUAAGCUGGUUCUGGACUCUUUGGGAGUGAAGCAGAUAGCCAUGUGUGUGGGUGGAUCCAUGGGAGGCAUGCUCGCUCUAGAAUGGUGUUUUGUUGACGAAGGACGGUUUGUGAAAAAUCUUGUGGCACUGGCAACCAGUGCGAGACACUCGGCGUGGUGCAUUUCGUGGGGAGAGGCUCAGAGACAGUGCAUCUAUUCCGACCCCAAAUACGACGACGGCUACUAUAGUCUGGAAGAUCCGCCUGUGAAUGGUCUUGGAGCUGCGCGGAUGGCAGCUUUACUCACGUACAGGUCGCGAAAUUCGUUUGAGAGCAGAUUUGGCCGUGGACAGCCAACAGAACAGCAGAAGAAUAAGAGCCAGCAGAGCACUCCUGGCCCCGACGAGUCCAAUGCAAUCGAGGACUCUCCUUCGGCAAAAGAAGAACACUGGCAAAUUCACAACCACGGCGCCUCUGUGCACAGGAGAUCGUUUGAGUCGAGACACGCUAGUCGCUCAAACUCAAUGGACUCAUCAGUUUCCUCGGCAGACACAGAAAGCCUAAGCUCUGCCACAUCGGCUAGAACCAGACCAAGACGCAGACCGCAACACUACUUCUCGGCACAAAGCUAUCUUAGGUACCAAGCACAAAAGUUCCACCAUCGAUUCGACGCCAAUUGCUACAUAUCAAUCACGAGGAAGCUCGACACGCACGAUGUCGGCCGCGACCGCCCAGAAUUCGACAAUGACGCCGCAAAAGCACUGCAGAGCCUGAAGCAGCCGUCCUUGAUUAUUGGAAUUGACUCGGACGCGCUGUUCACACUCAGCGAGCAGAUCUUCAUUGCCAAAAACAUGCCAAACUCAACGCUCAAGAAAAUUAACUCUCCAGAAGGACAUGAUGCGUUCCUGCUAGAAUUCAAGGAAAUCAAUGACUUGAUACUGAAUUUCGAAAAAGCCCAUAUCAAGGAGAUUAUGGACCACGAGGGCAAUAAUCCAGAUUGGCAGGACGACAGCACAGAACAGAAGGAAAGCGUUUUUGGCGAGGCUGAGGACGUUGCAAAUUGGUGA